GCUCCAGUGAAGGCCCAAUACAACAAAACCCAACAAUAUACACAAACACUUGAAACGACAACACUUCACAUUAUUCAUCAUCUUCUCCAAGGAGAAAAAACCUUGAAAAACCCUAACAAUGGCGAUAACAGCUGCUGUAGCAUUCCCACAACAACAAACAGAAAUCCAAAAACUCCCACAAUUUAAAUACAUAGACUCAAUCAGAUGGCUUCCAGCUCUCUCCCCAUUUCAAAAAUCCAUCAUCACCGCUUCUUUCAACACCGACACCAAUACUCCUUCUCUCGAAACCCACUCCUUUAACCCUUCAGAAACCCUAAAUUUAACUUUACUCUCCUCAUGGAUCCCAUCUUCCCGCAUUUCUUGUCUCACCUCCACGUCAUCAAUUACCGCCGCCGCCACUUUCUCCGGUUCACUCCACAUCUUCCCCACCGCCAGUCAAGAGUCGUUAAACCCUAAAAUCUCGGUGGCCGGUAAUAGAGAUUUCCACGUGGGGCCCAUCCGGGGAGUGGAUGUGAUGGAAGGAGGGAGUGAAGUUGUGAGUGUUGGUGAAGAUGGCAGAGUGAAUUUGGUUAGGGUUCUUGAUGGGGGUAAAAUGGGAAAUGGGAAUUUUAAAAGCGUUUAUGAUGGGAAUGGUUUGGUUUCUUAUAGUGCUGUUAAGUGGGCUUCAUCUACUGAGUUUGUGACUGGUGGUGUUGGCUUUGGGAUUCAAUGGUGGGAUUUGAGACGCCCUAAUUCAGCUGUUGCUCACUUUAAGGGUAUAUGGGAUCAAGGAAGAACAACUUCUGGGAUUAUACAUUCCAUCGAUAUUCAUCCUUCGAGAAAGCACACGUGCCUAGCAGGAGGUUCGUCGGGUACUGUAUUUGCCUGGGAUAUACGGUGGCCACAACAAAGUAUUGUUCUUUCUGGCAUUGGCACAAAUGACACAACCCAAUCCUUAUCUGAAAGUGAUGUUUGGGAGGUUAAGUAUGACUGCUACACUAAAUCUUCAAGCAGUAACAUUUCAUCCUCCCGGAUCUUACCUGCGAUGAUUUGCUCGGAAGAUGGAAUCCUCGCUGUUAUUGAACAAGGUGAAGAACCCAUUGAGCUUUUGGCUGAGCCAUGUGCAAUCAACAGCUUUGACAUUGAUCGUCAAAAUCCCUCAGAUGUGAUAUGUAGUUUGGAAUGGGAGUCCAUUGCGAUUUUGUCAAGACCUUAAUUGGAAUUCUAGCUCGAGUUAAAAUUUCUUAAGUUCGAUUUCUUCGAUGCACGCAAGUGCUUUGUGCAGCCAUCUGGUAUCGUGUUUUUGCAAGGCAACCGAUGGACCAUUUUGUGUGCAACCAAAUAGUAGAGACACGACUGCUGCAUAUGAGAAGCACUUGAUGGAAUUGCAGUUUAUCAGUAGGAUCGCAUCAGCUUUACACAAAAUUGGUGCCUGAGAUUUGACAGAGAAGUGAGUUUGCUGUUGUAAUGAAUUUCUGCAUCUAUUUCUGUCGAAAGAAAGAAAAACUUUGGUCAUGAAAUCAUGGAAAUUUUCAUUGGCUAAAUAUGUUUGAGAUUGAAGUAAUUGAUAUUGAUAUUGACUGAGAAA